AUGGCCCAUAUUGAAUCUUGGUUCCAAGUUUAACGCAUUUAUCGCGUUCCCUCUCGCUUGACCUUCCUUACACAACGAUUCUCGAUUCGACUCGUCAAGAAUAAUCAAUCAAUCACAUCAGAUCUCAGAUCUCUGAUCUCUCAAGGAGGAAGAAGAUGGCGGUUUCUGCGCGUGAGGAGUUCGUGUACAUGGCCAAGCUCGCCGAGCAAGCGGAGAGGUACGAGGAAAUGGUAGAGUUCAUGGAGAAAGUCUCCGCCGCCGUCGACGGCGAUGAACUCACCGUCGAGGAGCGUAACCUCCUCUCCGUCGCUUACAAAAACGUGAUCGGCGCCCGCCGUGCCUCGUGGCGCAUCAUUUCGUCGAUCGAGCAGAAGGAAGAGAGCCGCGGCAACGACGACCACGUCACGGCGAUCCGCGAUUACAGAUCUAAGAUCGAGACGGAGCUCUCUGGAAUCUGCGAUGGGAUCCUCAAGCUCCUCGAUUCGAGGCUCGUCCCCGCUGCUGCUUCCGGCGAUUCCAAGGUGUUUUACCUCAAGAUGAAGGGGGAUUACCACAGGUACUUGGCUGAGUUUAAGACUGGUCAAGAGAGGAAAGACGCCGCCGAGAACACUCUCUCCGCUUACAAAGCUGCUCAGGAUAUUGCGAAUGCAGAGCUAGCACCAACUCACCCAAUCCGUCUAGGUCUGGCAUUGAACUUCUCUGUGUUCUACUACGAGAUCCUUAACUCUCCUGAUCGUGCCUGCAGCCUCGCCAAACAGGCCUUUGAUGACGCGAUAGCCGAGUUGGACACUCUAGGUGAAGAGUCGUACAAAGACAGUACCUUGAUCAUGCAGCUUCUCCGUGACAACCUCACUCUCUGGACAUCCGACAUGCAGGAUGAUGCUGCGGAUGAGAUCAAGGAAGCAUCAGCUCCAAAACCAACAGAGGAACAGCAGUAACAAUCUUUUGAGUUAACUGCUAAGUUUCUAGGGGGUUUGAAACUUUGUUUUCUCUUUCGUCCAUAUGUUUCCUAGGUCGUCGCUUGCCCAUUCGCUUUUAUUCAUUCAUCAUGAUUUCUGGCAAGUCUGAACCAUCAAUCAUCUUCUAUCUCAGUUGCUUGAUUUUCUUUUGUUUUUCCUCUUUUUUUUUUUUAUGUGGGUUAAUGAUUUCAGUGUCUGCCAUCGAACUUUGCUUUGUGUGUUUCUCAUCAAUUUGAAGAUACUUUUGUCGGUCU